UAUGAUGUCACAUCCUUAUUCACUUGCAUCCCCACCACAGAGGCUAUCAGGGCGGUGAAGAAGAGACUGCUGAAGGAUGACACACUAAACAACAGGACGAGCCUCACCCCAGACCAUGCAUGCACUCUGCUGGAACUCUGUUUAAACACUACUUACUUCCAGUUUAGGCAGCACUUCUAUAGGCAACAUCACGGCUGUGCUAUGGGCUCCCCAGUGUCUCCUAUAGUGGCCAACUUGUACAUGGAAGAAAUUGAGAAGAAAGCCCUGGCUUCCUUCACUGGCACUGCUCCCAGCCAUUGGUUCCGCUACGUGGAUGACGCAUGGGUUAAAAUCAGGACCCAGGAGGUAGAAGCUUUCACCAAACAUAUCAACUUGGUGGAUAACAACAUCAAAUUCACUCGUGAGGACGCCAGAGAUGACUGUCUGGCCUUUCUGGAUUGUGCAGUCCACUUGGGAGGGGAGAGAAGCCUGCAAGUAGAAGUAUAUCGGAAACCUACACACACGGACCAAUACCUGCUUUUUGACUCACACCAUCCACUUCAACACAAACUGGGAGUCAUCAGAACUUUGAAUCACAAGGCUGAAGUGCCCACAACGGCAGAAGGGGCCAAGAAGGAAAAGUUACACAUCCAGAACUCCCUUAAGGCUUGUGGAUACUCUAAGUGGGCCUUCACCAAAGCUAGGAACACCAACAGGGAGAAACCAGAAACAAGAAGGGAUAACACUGUCAUCCCUUAUGUGGCUGGUUUAUCAGAGAAGUUAAAAAGGAUAUUUCGCAACCACAAUAUCCCAGUCAACUUUAAGCCAGGGAACACCCUGUGGCAAAGACUGGUCCACCCGAAAGACAAAACACCCAGACAUAAACAGAGUGAUGUGGUAUAUGCAAUUAAGUGUAGUCAGGAGUGUAACAACUUGUACACUGUUGAAACUAAGCAAGCUCUGCACAAACACAUGGCCCAACACAGGAGGGCCUACCCCGGUCGACCAGAGUCAGCAGUCUACCUCCACCUGAAGGACAAGGGACAUUCCUUCGAGGACACUGCCAAGCUGGCAUAUCAGGUGCCGUCACGGUUGGACGUGGCCUGUCUAGGAUGGGGCUAG